GGUCCCGGUCCCGGUAAGGCGGCGGAGUGUCUGAGCGAGGUGAACCGGAUCAUCGAGGCGCAGCACGCGCUGCUGGAGCGGCAGAAGGCGCGCAUCGCCGAGCUCGAGCUGCAGGUCGCCGAACUGCGGAGCCGCAACGCGCGCGUGCACGAGGAGUACCAGCGGCACCUGCGCACGUGCCCCCUGCAGCAUCAGCACCAGAACCAGUACCAACAGAACCAGUACCAACAGAACCAGUACCAGUGCCACAGUGACAACCAGAGCAUCAGCGCCGUGUCCGCUCUCAGCGCCAUCCAGGAGAAGCCUGAACAUGGCGGCUCGACAAGGAUGGUCAGAAGACACUCCUCACUUCCUGUGGGAACCUCCAGCAGCGCCGUGUCACCGUUAUGCAGGAGAACGCUCCCCUGUCGCCAGUGGAAGUCCACGUCCUUCAGCGUGGAGGGGGAGGUCCAGAGCACUGAGCCAGCCUCUUCCCUGGACCACGGUAAAGGUUAUGGCCCCUUGACCCACAGCUCCUCCAUUAGCCCGGACCAUUUCGACGGCUUUGGGUACGGACAGAACGCCCAGGCCGGUCCACAGCGUCCACGGAGGCCCAAACUCCAGCACUCGCAGUCCAUCCUCCGCAAGCAAGCCGAGGAAGAGGCCAUCAAACGCUCGCGCUCGCUCUCAGAGAGCUAUGAGCUCUCUACAGAUCUGCAGGACAAGCAGGUGGAGAUGUUAGAGAGAAAGUACGGAGGGCGCUUCAUCAGUCGACAUGCUGCUCGCACCAUCCAGACGGCAUUCCGGCAGUACCAAAUGAACAAGAACUUUGAGCGUCUCAGAAGUUCCAUGUCUGAGAAUCGGAUGUCGAGGCGCAUCGUUCUGUCCAACAUGAGAAUGCAGUUUUCCUUUGAGGGACCUGAAAAAGGGCCGAGCUCAUUUUUCGAUGGGAAACACUUAUCUCUGACGGAGGAAGGAACUCCGACCGGAUCUGUAACGAAGAGCGAGGUUGGAGAUAUUGUUCCCAUACACGUGACUGCACCCUCGCCUCAGAAUGACCUUAGUGAUACCAUUACUGAGCUCGAGGACGCGUUCUCUCGGCAGGUCAAAUCGUUGGCUGAAUCCAUCGAUGAUGCUCUGAACUGUCGUAGUCUCCAUGAAGAAGAAGAGGACCAGGAACCGGAGCAGGUGCAAGACAUGCAAGGUGAUUUGUCCUAUCGAGUGGAACCGACUAACGGCUCAGAUCAACGCAAGCUGGACGAGAUGAUGGCUUCCUACGGCGGCGUGACGCUCUUCAUCGAUGAGGAGGAUCUUUGUCCUCCUGUUCAGCUCUCACAUACUGCGGACCCACCGUCCAGCAUGGAGUCUGAUCCACACACCUCCCAGGACUUCUGGCCCAUGGACGCUAGGGACGACAAACUGGACACCGAUACCAGCUGUCGAAGCACCCCGUCCACGGAUUGUCAGGAGCCACGGCUUCGUAUCGACCAUCUCCCGCUGCUGACCAUCGAACCCCCCAGUGACAGCUCUCUGGAAGUGAGUGACCGCUCGGAGAUCGAUUCGGUCAAGAGGCAGAAUGUUUACGAGCGCACCACGGCCGGACCUCAGGCCAGUCCAAAACACAUCACGCACAGUCUACCUCCCAGAGUGUCCUCCCUCUCCCGGGACGAGGAUCCCAUCAGGCAUCGACACCGGCAGCUGGAGAGCCAUCUGGCCAUCAACGGGAACCGACAGAGCAAAUCAGAAUCAGACUUUUCUGACGGCGACAACGACAGCAUCAACAGCACAACAAACUCCACCGACACGAUCAACUGCAGCUCCGAGUCGUCUCGGGACAGCAUGAGGGAGCAGACGCUCAGCAAACAGAUGUACCACAAAGAGACACGGAACAGCUGGGAUUCUCCGGCUUUCAGCAACGACGUCAUCCGCAAGCGGUACUACCGCAUCGGCCUCAACCUCUUCAACAAAAAGCCGGAGAAAGGUAUUCAGUACCUGACCGAGAGAGGGUUCGUACCUGAUACACCUGUGGGCGUGGCUCACUUCCUGCUCCAGAGGAAAGGCCUGAGCCGGCAGAUGAUCGGCGAGUUCCUGGGGAACCGACAGAAACAGUUUAACAGAGACGUCUUAGACUGCGUGGUGGACGAGAUGGACUUCUCAGGGAUGGAGCUGGACGAAGCUCUCAGGAAAUUCCAGGCACACAUCCGAGUCCAAGGGGAAGCGCAGAAGGUCGAGCGUCUCAUCGAGGCUUUCAGCCAGCGGUACUGCAUCUGCAACCCAGGCGUGGUGCGGCAGUUCCGAAACCCCGACACCAUCUUUAUCCUGGCUUUCGCCAUCAUCCUCCUCAACACGGACAUGUACAGCCCCAACGUGAAGCCCGAGCGCAAGAUGAAACUGGAGGACUUUGUGAAGAACCUCAGAGGAGUGGACGAUGGUGAGGACAUCCCACGGGACAUGCUGAUCGGGAUUUACGAGCGGAUUCGUCAGAAAGAGCUGAAGACAAAUGAAGACCACGUCUCUCAGGUUCAGAAGGUGGAGAAGCUCAUCGUCGGGAAAAAGCCGAUCGGAUCUCUCCAUCAGGGCCUGGGAUGUGUCUUAUCCCUCCCCCAUCGGAGGUUGGUGUGUUACUGCCGGUUGUUUGAAGUUCCCGACCCGAACAAGCUUCAGAAACUCGGCCUUCAUCAGCGGGAGAUCUUCCUCUUUAACGACCUCUUGGUGGUGACUAAAAUAUUCCAGAAGAAGAAGAACUCUGUGACGUACAGCCUCAGGCAGUCCUUCUCUCUGUACGGCAUGCAGGUCCUGCUCUUCGAGAACCAGUAUUACCCCAACGGCAUCCGGCUCACCUCGGCCAUCCCGGGCGCGGACGUGAAGGUCCUCAUCAUCUUCAAUGCCCCGAACCCUCAGGACCGCAAGAAGUUCACAGACGACCUGCGCGAGUCCAUCGCUGAGGUCCAGGAGAUGGAGAAGUACCGCAUCGAGUCCGAGCUGGAGAAGCAGAAGGGCGUGGUGAGGCCCAGUAUGUCCCAGAGCAUGUCCGGUCUGAAGAAAGAGGCGGGAAACGGCACCAUGAGCCGCGCCAGCCUGGACGACACGUACGCCAUGGGGGAGGGGCUAAAGCGGAGCGCGCUCAGUAGCUCCCUGAGGGACCUGUCUGAGACAGGCAAGCGCGGGCGCCGCACCAGUGCAGGAUCGCUAGACAGCAAUAUGGAAGGCUCCAUCAUUAGCAGUCCUCCUCAGCUCCCCCGGAGAGUGCCGUCUGGCCGUGAGUGUCCUCCUCCUUCUCCUCCUCCUCGUCCUCACUACUCCAGCACAAACCCUCCCUCCUCCUCUUCCACACUGCUGGGAUCGCUGUUCGGCAGCAAGCGAGGAAAACCUCCUCUUCAUCCUGCGCUUCCUGUUCCAGCCUCCUCCUCCUCCUCACACCACCCUGUCCACCCCACCCUCAUCUCCCACAAGCCCCACCCCACCAACCUGCACCACACCGCCCAGGCCCACCUCGAGGCCCACUGCUCCCAGCACUGUUCUCUCCCGCAGAACCCUCCACCGUAUCAGCACCACCAUCACUACGACCCGCCUCCCGUCGGGCUCCGCUUCCACCGUCAGCACUCGGGUCACGCCCCUGCGCCGCACCUCCCCCCUCAGCUCGCUCACAACCACCUUCAUCAACACCAUCGUCACCAACACCACCAUCAACAACGGCACCAACAUCGGGAGCAGAACCUGGCGUCGUCGACCGCGUCGUGUCCCGUCAGCGCCAAACCCAAACACUGUGGAAUCAGCACGGUGGUCUGAGCGAGGACACAUCCGGAACCGCACGGAAAAGGGAUUCCAUUUCUGAGACGCUGGUCUGGAGUUUGGAGAGGAGAUGGCUCCGGAGGUUUUCGAGUCCUCCUGGUUAGAAGCUCGGGGUGAAGAGCGAUGCGUCCGCUGGAGGAACACAAGUAGGACCGUGACGUCUUCUACUCCAGAGUCACAACACAGAACCUCACACGUGUUCUUUUUAGGUUCCCAAACCACGAUUAAGCGAAGCUCUUACGUCAUGGCCGAACUGUUGGUCUCACGCCUGGUCGUCCCCACGCUGUAUUUAUUGUGGAUAAAGGAAAAGCUUUACAUGUUGUCUUUAGCGCAUCAUUUAUAAACGUGCCAAUAAUCACUGUGUGUGUACUCGGCUCUGUGUAAACUGUAUCCUGUGUGUGUGUUCUAGUGUUUAGUGUAAAACUGCAUCCAUUGUAAGAUGUUCUAUAUACUGUAAAAAAAAAAAAUCUAUAUAUACAUAUUCUAAGAGUUUUUUUUUUAAUAUUAUGGUCAAAUAGAAAUGAAAUAUAUAUCGUAAGCGGUGCAGUCGAGGUCGGACGUACUGUAUAGAUGUUCGGAGAAAUAUUUUGGAAUUUUAGACGCCUUUGCAAUAUUACGUAAAAAAAAACACGUUUUAGAAAGCAGAAGCAGCUGCACUGAACUAUGAAGCUAUAAAGAGAAAGUGUACUAGCAGGCUGUUAGCGCUACGGAAACGCAAACCAGGAGCUAAACGGCACUUUUAUAUAGAUCUAGAUCUAGAUUUAGUUUUAGAUUUAGAUAGAAUUCCAGGCAUUUCAAUAUUAAAUUGUGAGAUUUCGGGGUUCCUCUCACUGAGCACUUGUCAAAUUUUUUUCUUUUCUUUUCUUUUCUAAAAAAUCUAAUUUCCAGAGAACAUAGAAAGUGAUUAGUAUUUUAAUAUGAAGUAAUCUUUCCUUUUUUUUCCUUAAAGAAAAUGAUGCAAUUAAAUUAGUUUCUGUGAACGUUAAGGUGAAGCUGUAGGUUAGAUAAUUAACGUCUGCACAAAUUCUACAGAAGUUAUGCACAAAAACAUAAAGAAGGCCAGUGACUGAAACAGGUUUUUACUCCGAUGUGCAAUAUGUUUAGAGCUCAGGGGGACGAGGGAUGCCACGAAACCAGAACUAACGAAAUUAAUCAAUAAACCUUCAAAAUUCUCUCAAAAAUUAUUAUAAAAACAUUUGUAAAUCAUUUUGUUAAUCUUUAAAUUAAUGCACUCAUUUUAUUUAUUUACUAUUCUUUUUAUUGUAUUUUUUUAAACAUUUUCUUAUUGUAAUUAUUUUUCUUCUUAGUUUUUCUCUACGUUUCUUAUUGUAAACAUUUGUAACUUUUCUAGCCUUUACCUUUACAUCCUUUAUAAAAUAUUUUUAUAUUCUUGUUUUUCCAUUUUUUUCCAGUGUGCGUUAAUUUAUCGAUUAAUUAUUUGAUUUUAUGAUUGAGUUUAGGAUUAGAUUUUUUUCCUCAUUCCUGUUUUAAUCUGUAAAAUAAUUUUUCCUACAUUUUUCAUUUGCCUAACUGUUUUUUCUUUUCCUCUUUUCCCACAAUGUCAUGGCAUUCCUCGUCCUCGGGAUCUGAUAACUUUUUUUUUCUUCUUUUUUUCCCCACACUAACAUUGUUGCAGUGGCUCAUAAAUAAGUGAACCACUCGCUGGGAAUUUAGUAAAAUGUCAAAUGUCACGUGUGUGUCCUGUCUGAUUGUUGUGGGUUUGUUUGUUUUUUUGUUUGUUUUUGUGUCCCAAAAAAAAAAAAUCGAAAUCAGUGUUACGUUGGCGGAUUAGUGCAAUCGUGUAAAGAAAUAACUUCAUUCUGCAGCUUGUGUUGUUUCUGUACGAGAUUCAGGUGAAUAAUGCGACAGUUUAUGCAAAUCUCUUUCCUUCCAGACGACAGAGAAUUUUUUACAGAAUGUAUUUCAGGCGAUGAAACGCAGAAGCACACGAGACCCGUCUCUCGCUGAGCCACUCAGACGCACGCGGGAAAUAAAUACAAACGAACGACUGUUUGGUUCUUUUUGUUUUUUGUUUUGUUUUUCAGAGAAAAUAACAAUAAUUUUUUAAAGCUGGCGGAUUUAUUCCUCGUAUCGAAUCGGGUUGUUUUGGGGUUUUUCUCUCUGCAUCAUCAUCUGGAGGAAGGCGAGAAAAGUGUGCUGAUGGGUCGGCUGUUCUUCAGGUGUGAGAGUUUACCUGAGCACUGCACGGCGUCCAGACGUCUCGUUUCACUGUGAGCUGAUGGACACUCGAGCUGGACAAGCCUCGGGAUUUCUUCCCUCCUCCUCCUCCUCCUCCUCCUUUAUUUUUUUUUAUUUUGUAGUCUCGGUGUUGAAUUUGCUGAAAGUGCAGCAUGCAGAUCAUCUUCACAUAUCCACUGUAGGAAAAAAAGAAACGUGAAAGAGGAAGUGAGAUGUAAAAAGUGAGGACGUCCGGGUGUUAGUGUGUGACGAGGACUGAGUGUGAGGAAUCGUCAGUCUAUGUAAAGGGUGUAAAGGGAGGAAGACGAUGAUGUUGAUGAUGAUGAUGAUGAUGGACAGUUUCUGUGCUGUGUGUGGGUGUGUGUUUAAGACAAAUGCACUGAUGGACUCGUUCACUGCCUCUCACACUGAGCCACCGGACCGAUCCCGUCCCUCAGAGAGAGAGAGAGAGAGAGAGAGAGAAGAAGAGAAGCAGUGACAGGUGAAGGUUUUAGGGAAAAGGGAAUGCUCUCAUUUUGAUAUGCAGUCUGUUUGUAAGUGCUUCAGAUCUGAUUAAUGUCAAACUGUGACAAUGUUGAGAAAUAAAACAACGUUAAACAUCA